UAAAUUCCCAACCCUCGUUGCCACAAAAGCCUUUUAAAUGCCCCGCCUCGCUCACAUGAGUCGGCGCCUCCCGUUGCGAUCGUUGGUCGCUCCACCGGAGCUCCUCGCCCUCGGUUUCUUGAAUCGUAACCCUAACCCUAAUUACUAUUCUUCCGAUCGCCUGCCGGCGUGCUACUCCUCUUUAUGGCGUCCUCUUCCUCCUCUGGGAGCGAUGGCGGCGAUGCCUUCGACGCGGAUAUGGAGGCCCUGCGGCGAGCCUGCGCGCUCACUGGCGCCGACCCCGCCGACGUAGGUGGUGCCAACUUGGAUUCUGACUCUGAUUCCGGAAGCGACGAUGCAGGCCUCCUUCGUCGUCUGCAGGAACGGUUCUCUUCGCCCUCCCUAGCCGUCGAUUCCUUUUCCUUGGUCAAGCACCUGUCUGUUCUCGCGCCGAUGGAUCUUGAUGAUGAGGAUGAUUUCGAAACCCUUCGAGCCAUCCAGCGGAGAUUUACUCAGUACAAUAGCGAUCCUCUGAGAGAGAAACCUGAGAAAAUUCUAGAAGAACCUGAGAUGGUUGUCAAUGAUGAUGUAUGUGGGCCAGAAACACCUAAUAGAUCUACAGAAUUGAGCAAAGAGCAUGGCUACAGUCACACUGAACCACACUUUCCAGAGCAUGAAGCAUGGAGUUCAAAUGUUAAGGAUUUGACAUCUUCUAAGUUUCCCAAGUCUGCUCACAAUUUUGUUAAUGCUCUUAAGAAGAACAGAUCAUGUCAGAAGUUCAUUAGGAGGAAGCUACUAGAAAUUGAAGCAAAGAUUGAGAAGAAUAAAGAACUGAAGGAACGUAUUAAAUGUCUUAUGGACUUUCAAGUUGCCUGUAAAAGGAAAGUGGCAAAUAUUUUAUAUCAAAAGAAGGAUCCUCGUAUCACGUUAAUAUCUUUGAAGAGGUCCACAUCUGAAAAGUCAUCAAAGACGACUUUGAAGAAGGUUCCUGCCUCAUAUAUUGGUCCAAAUGAGAACUCCCAUGUUUCAAAGUAUAAAAUGGUACUUAAAAGAUUUCCCAUCUCACUUAGUAAGCAGCCAUGGUCAAACAUCGAGAAAGAGAAUCUUGUGAAGGGAAUAAAGCAACAGUACCAAGAGAUGCUGAUUUUGAACUCAAUGAAUAUGGAAAGUGACGCAGAGGGCAUCACAGAUUCAAAUUUAAUGUCUGCAAUAACACUCAGUGAUCCUGAGUUCACACCUGAAAAAAUUAGAUCUUUCAUACCAUUAGUAAAUUGGAAUCGGUUGGCCUCAAUGUAUGCCAUGGGCCGUGCUGGUGCAGAAUGUGAAGCAAGGUGGUUGAACUGUGAAGAUUCCAUGAUUAAUCACAGUCCUUGGACAGUAAUGGAGGAUAAGAAGCUUUUGUUUAUCGUUCAAGAAAGGGGCAUUUACAAUUGGAUAGAUAUUUCAAUCACAUUGGGUACACAUAGAACACCAUUCCAAUGCUUAGUACGUUACCAACGGAGCCUUAAUCCUCAUAUUCUGAAUAAGGACUGGACAGAAGAUGAAGAUGCAAAGCUUCGUGUGGCUGUGGAGUACUAUGGCGAUAACUGGCAGAUGGUCGCUUCUUGUCUAGAAAGCCGUGUAGGUCCUCAGUGUUCUAAUAGGUGGAACAAAACUCUUAACCCUGAGAGGAAGAAAGUGGGAAGAUGGUCUGUGGACGAAGAUAAACGGCUGAAAGUAGCAGUGAUGCUUUUUGGGGCCAAAAACUGGAACAAGAUAGCUUGGUUUGCCCCUGGUCGCACACAAGUUCAGUGUCGAGAAAGGUGGCAUAACUGUUUGGAUCCAACCCUAAAUUUAAAACCGUGGACUGCAGAAGAGGAUGCCAAGCUGUUGGAUGCAAGAGCGAUGCAUGGAAAUUGUUGGUCGAAAAUUGCUGCCUGCAUACCUCCACGUACUGAUAACCAAUGUAGGAGACGAUGGAAGAUUCUGCUUCCAGGAGAAUUGAUUUCGCUUCAAGCUGCAGCACAGAUAAAGAAGACUGCACUUAUAUCUAACUUUGUAGACCGAGAAAGUGAGCGACCAGCAAUAGGUCCAAAUGACUUUACACCACUAAUUAAUUCUAAUACUAUGUUUGACAAAAUUGGUGGUGCAAAAGUUAGGAAGAAAAGGCAAAGUGAGAAUCAACCAAAUAAGUCCAGAAAGAAGCCCAGAAGAGUUUCAAUGGAGGAUCAGGAGACAAAUUGUUGCACUGAUGACCUGGCUCUUCCACCAAGCAUAGAAUCGAAUCCUACCAGUAGUCUGGGCAUUAGCAGGCCAGGGAAUAAAAGAUUGAGGGAUGAUAGACCAAGAAAUCCAAGAGUUAAAUCCAGAAUACAUCUUAAGGAGAAUUCAACAAAGGAUUGCAUGACAAACACAUCAUCUGUUGUAGCUCCAGCAGAUAUGUCACUUGUAGUUGCUAUAAAUUCGAACGCUACAGAAAGUAUGAACAUCAGCAAGGCAAUGGAUAAAAGUAAAAAUGAACAGAACAUGUGGAUCAAGUCCAGAUUUCCUAUUGAGGAGAAUUCAACAGCAGAUGGCCUAGCAAAAUUUUCAGUUGAUAUAGCUUCUGAUGAUUCACCCCUUGCCUUAUAUAUGAAUAACACUUCCGCUAGGAACUUCAGAAGGCAAAGGAAUAUAGCAAGAGUUAAUACAUUAAAAAGCCAGGGGUUAGAUCCAGAAGCUCAUUUCAUGAAAAUUCUGUAGCAGAUGGCACACUGAAUUAUUCAGCUGAAGUAGUUAAUGCUGUUUAUUUCUCUACCCCUGUGAUUUUGUAUAAUUCUGAGAAUGAUUAUAUAGAAGGAAUAAGGAAGAAAGAUUCAAGGCUUAUGGAUGAUAAUUAGCCGCAGAUGUCUAAAGCUGAAGCAGAAAGAUCUCUAGAGGAAAAUCUUACAGCACUUGGCAUGGUCAAUGCUUCUACUGAACCUGUUCCUUCUGAUGUACAUUUAUCACCAAGUACAGAGGCUAAUACUCAUGCUACGGAGAGCAUUAGUGACCUAAGUAAGAAAACCUGAAGGUGAGGAGGAUCAAAUCUUUAUUAAACGUUCGGCUUACUGAUAUAGCAUCUCUUGUAGUUUGGCUAAAUUAAUUAUUCAAAAAUGGCAUAGCAUCUCUUGUAGUUACUGAAGAGGACACACGAACUGCCGAGGAUUCAUUUAAGGUAAGAGCUGUGUGUGGUGCUGGUGAUGAUAAUUAUUCAAAAGUGCUUGCUAACUGUAACAGUACAGUCUGUGGAGGCAAGUUAGAUGAAGACCUACUGAUUACUGAUGAGAGGGUUGUUCUGUUCAGGAAUGCAAUGGAUAAAGUAGUAGGCUUUCUUGAUGAUUACUGAUUCUGGAUUAUCUAAACUACUCAAAGACCACUCUGCAGAAUCCCUUGUUCAGUAUUAUCACAGACAACGCAACACUAUAUAUUCUGUAUUUUGUUAGGUAUGGGAAUCCUUGAGCCGUCUCUCUUGCCUCCAUGCUUAUAUACGACAUAAAGCUUCAGUUAUACAAACCAGUUGCAUGCAGGCAGGAUAGAUGGAACACCACCCUCUAUACGUUCCCCUAUUUGAUUUGCUUCUACACAAGUUUGCUAUUUAGGUACGUCUAUAGGUAUGGACAAAGCUGCGCAUGUAAUGGAAUUUUGCAAACUCAGAGGCUAUUUUUGUCUUUAUAAUUAUUUUUCUUGAAGUGAUGACCUUUGUCUGUGAUCUUUUCUUGAUGAGAUCUAGCAAAAAACGCAAAAGGAAACUCAUGUUAUUGGUUUCUUUCCAA